UGUAACUAGAAUCCAGCUGAAUUCUGAGCUGGGGCACUUUACCGUGAGGCUGCAAAUCAAGCAGAUGUGCUUGCUGUGAAUUGCUAAAGCCUCUGGACUUUUCUAAACCAAAGGUGAUAACACCUUCCUUCUGUGAUUUUUUUCAUUCUUUUAUAUUGUGUGUGUUCUCUGUAAAGGGAAUGAAAUGGAGAAGUUGAAGAAAUAUGCACUGCUGAAAGAUGAAGAUCAGUUUUAUCACGAGGGAGCUGUGGAGUUGCUAGUCUUUAACUUUCUGCUCAUUCUUACAAUAUUAACAAUUUGGUUGUUUAAAAACCACCGAUUCCGCUUUCUGCAUGAAACUGGAGGAGCUAUGGUUUAUGGCCUUGUAAUGGGAUUAAUUAUACGCUAUGCAACAAAAACAUCAGAUGUUGAAAAUGGAACUGUUUAUGAAUGUGAAAAGCUGAAAUCUGGGCCAUCCAGUCUACUUAUUAAUAUAACUAAUCAGGUCUAUGAAUACCAAUACAAAAGAGAGAUCAACCAUCACAAUAUCAAUGGUCACCAGGGCAAUGCAAUGCUUCAAAAGAUGACAUUUGAUCCUUCCAUCUUCUUCAAUAUCUUGCUGCCACCUAUUAUAUUUCAUGCUGGAUAUAGUUUAAAGAAGAGACAUUUCUUUCGUAACUUAGGAUCAAUUUUAACCUAUGCAUUUUUGGGAACUGCCAUCUCCUGCAUUGUCAUAGGGUUGAUAAUGUAUGGUUUUGUGAAGGCCAUGGUACACAUUGGCCAGUUAAAAGGAUGGGAAUUCCACUUCACUGACUGUUUAUUUUUUGGAUCACUGAUGUCUGCCACAGAUCCAGUGACAGUCCUUGCUAUUUUCAAUGAGCUGCACGUGGAUACAGAUUUGUACACACUUCUGUUUGGAGAGAGUGUCCUAAACGAUGCUGUAGCUAUUGUGCUGACGUACUCUAUAUCCAUUUACAGUCCCAAGGAGAAUCCUAAUGCAUUUGAUGCUGCUGCUUUCUUUCAGUCAGUGGGAAAUUUUCUGGGGAUCUUUGCUGGAUCAUUUGCUAUGGGAUCCUCCUAUGCGGUUGUCACAGCUUUAUUGACAAAAUUUACAAAGCUGUGUGAGUUCCCCAUGUUGGAGACAGGUCUGUUUUUCCUCCUAUCUUGGAGUGCCUUCUUAUCAGCAGAAGCUGCUGGUCUCACAGGUAUUGUUGCAGUUCUUUUCUGUGGAGUCACACAAGCCCAUUAUACCUACAACAAUCUCUCAUCAGAUUCCAAAAUGAGAACUAAACAGCUGUUCGAGUUCAUGAAUUUCUUAGCUGAGAACGUCAUCUUCUGUUAUAUGGGACUUGCACUGUUCACCUUUCAAAAUCAUAUCUUCAACCCUCUUUUUAUAUUGGGUGCAUUUCUGGCAGUCUUUGUAGCAAGAGCUUGCAACAUAUAUCCACUUACUUUCCUUUUGAAUUUUGGUCGAAAACAAAAGAUUCCCAGGAAUUUUCAACACAUGAUGAUGUUUUCAGGUUUACGUGGUGCAAUAGCUUUUGCAUUGGCUAUUCAAGACACAGAAUCCCAACCCAAACAAAUGAUGUUCACAACAGCACUGCUUAUUGUGUUUUUCACAGUCUGGGUAUUUGGUGGAGGCACAACACCAAUGCUCGCAUGGCUUCAGAUCAGAGUUGGUGUAGAUCCAGAUGAAGAUAUGAAAGCAGAAGCUGCAAACCAGAGUGCAUGUAGCUGGGAUAAAAAUACAACCAAAGCAGAGAGUGCAUGGCUGUUCAGAGUUUGGUAUGUAUUUGAUCACAGAUACCUAAAACCUAUUUUAACACAUGCCGGUCCACCUCUCACAACGACGUUACCUGAAUGGUGUAAUCCUGUUGCCAGAAUUCUGACCAGCCCCAGUGCAUACAGCGACCAGCGGAAGAAUGAGGACACAGACUAUAUCAUAAAUAAUGAUGAACUGACCAAAAACUAUGAAGCAUCUGCUCACACACCAGUGCCUGCACAGGACAGAACAGGCUCCAGCAGUCAGUCUGCAGGCAAGGAAGAUAUUCAUGAAGGAGACCUUGGAUUAGGAGCAUACAAGCUCCAGCUUGAACACACUCCAGGGUCAACCUGAGCUGAAUUCAUUGGCAUGAACAGCGUAAUUUUAAAUCAUAAGAAAUAAGUAAACCAAAGAAAUAAAAGAUAUAACUUCAUGAACAAGAAGCAAGAAAACGUACAAAGAUGUCUUAGAUUUUUGUGCUAAGAUGUCACCAAGUUCUGGUUCCGCCACUGAAAAAAAAAAAUAGUAUCAUCUACACAACUACAACAAUAUGCAAUUUUCCUUUACUGCAGCACUUCUUAUUAAUAAAAGAUAGAUACUGCCAGCCUUCUGUAAAUCCAUUACAGUCACUUGUUGUCUGAGAUGGCAUUAGACUGCAUCAUGUCCUUUACACAUGUACGCUUUCCUUUGAACAUUAAUUAUAAAAUUUAGUCUGCUGGAAUGAAGACAAAUACCUUCCUAACAUACUCAGAGCAUGUCUAAUACAAAGCUCGUAGAACCUUUGUAUUGAAGACUGGAUUCUCAGAGGUAAAAUUUGCUUAUUUUACUCUGUUUCAUCCUGGUAGCAAGGUCAGUGGUAGUUAGAAAAACAAAAGGAGAAUUUAAGUAUGAAAGUAUUGAUUAUAUCUGCAUAAAAGCAACAGUGGAAUAAACAAGGAUUCAGUCUCACACACAGCUAGAUAUCCUAUCCCUAUUAUUGUGUGCUAGCACAGAUGAGCACUUGUACAUACUACAUAGGUAGUGUAAAUACAGGGAGAGAGCCAAGCUAUCAUUAGGUCACGUGCUUUUUCUCACCUCCAGAGUUUCAACAAGCAGCACAUAAUAUUCCUGACUAAGCUUUUUAAAUAGGGUCAUUCAUUCUUAAUGCACACCAUAAGCAACGAAUUUGUAAUCUCUGAAAAAAUCAAGCCAUUUUCAUGGAUGUUUGUAAAGACAAAUAUACCUUGAUUUCAACGUAGAUGGAAACUGAAAUGUAAAUAUAGUCAAACCUUAGUCAUUCUUUUCCAGCCUAAUUAAUUAAAUAAGUGCAACUAGAACAGUUGCUUUAAGCAUUAAAUUUGAACUGAAGUUCUACAUGCUGUUAUGAAAGAUCAGAAGUCUAGUUUGACAUUUUAUUUUUCCCCAAAUACUAACCAAGAAAAUUCAAAGGAACUUCGUUCACAUGUGGUUUAAAAAAAAUAAGUCACAAUAGGUUCUGAGAAAAAGUAAUGAAUUGCCAACUCCCUGCUUUGCCUUAGUGUGGUGAAACUAAAUAUGUAUAUAUGUGUGUGUAACAGGUUAUGAGAAGGGAUAGAGAUAGGAUGAGGAUAUAAGAUUUUAUGCCCUAGUUUGUGCAUCCAUCAGCACAUCAUCAGAAUGGCAAAGAGAACAGCAAACAGGAUAAACAGGCUGUUACAAGCUGCAGUGAGAUUAAUAUGCAGCAACCGUGAGAAAACGAUUACCGCAGAUGGGUAGAAGCACAGUUCUGAUUUCAGUAGCCAGAGUUUCCAAUUUCUAUCUUCACAAGUUCUGAGGCUUCCUAUGUUCCUCAAGAAGCAUGGACUCCCACCCUUGGCCUGUAGCACAAAUCAAUAAGCUGUUGCAGAAUUUCAAAGAUGCCAAGCUGUUUCUCCCAACUGCUACACAUACUGGAAAUGACAAGCUCUUAACCAAAAGUUCUGGUCUGCAAUGCAUCCUGCAGCACACUGUGGGAUUUUUACUGAUUUAUUGUAUCUGUGUCCAAAUUUCUCACAGUUCUGAGAAACAUGAUAAAUGAAAAACUCUGGGGUCUGAAAUUCUAUUUAUUCUAAAAAGAGUCAGUAGUGAAAACACUCUUCACUGUUCUAUCAGCAUGCCUAAAAGUCCACAUUACUUGGUAAAGAAAGUCAUUUCUUGUAACAGAAGUGCUCAUUCGUCAUGUCUUCACAUAUCAGAUUUUUAUGCUAAGCUUGUCAAGAGGCUGAAUCAAAGGUCCCAGCAAGAUGGGGUUUUGUCCUCUAGGGCCAUGCUCAGCCAACCAUAUGGUAUCGCUGUUUUUUAGGAAAACUAGUACAGCGAGCUGCAAGAAAACAUGAAUCUUCUCCUGAAAGGCAAUAAAAGCCUUGGUGAUUCAUUACACUAUUCAGCCGUGCCAUUUUUUAAUUUUGAGAUAUUCUUUUCAACACAUGCAGUUCAAGAGAGUUAAGACUAUGGUAGAAGAGAUGAUGUAUCUGUAUCCAAGUAGAAACUGCUGGCAACUAUUAAUUCUGCACAAUCUUUUAAACAGCAUAAUGGAUGUUGAGAGGCCUCUAAUGUUAAUUUAUAGUUUGUACUCCGGAGAUUUAAACUAUUCAAUAUCAGUGUUUGAACAUACAAGUUACUCAUGAUAAAUGUGAAGUUAUUCUUCCUAUCUGGGCUAAUCUAAUAAAACAGUACUUGGAAAAAUAAAAUGUAAAAUACUGUCAAAACAUAGUGACUGCACAUGCAGUAUGAAGUCCAAAAUGAAACAUAAAAAUCUGCUCAAUCACUAAACCUUUCAGGUUUCAGAAGUAAUAACUGAAGUUUUAUACUUAGCUGCUGAGAGGGUUUGGCAAACGUUCAAAGCAGCGGAAUGACUCUUGGAUAUGUAGGGGAACCAAUCCCAAAGACAUUGUACUAAAAAUAUCAGGUCACGAUGCUAACUUUCACAGAGAACUGUAACAUUUGGUAACCUCACUGAAAGCAGAGGCCACUAGGAGAAAGCAUUUACAUUGCUGUGCUAAAAGCUCUAACUUUUCCAUAGUAACUGUGUUACGGCUAACUUCAGAAAACCAAUUAUGUCUGUGCAGAACUUCAGCUGUUAAACUAACUGAAUUGAAGCCAAAGAGCAUAGAGCAACUUAAGUGCCUUUCUGGUCUUAGGAUGGUCCGUACAACAUGUCUAUUUUCCUUUCAAAAACUGGUAUGUAUUUUACUAUCAGCCAUCAAGUAAUGCAGGAAAAUCCUCUACAGUCUUCACGUUUCCAAUUAUACUCUUCCAGCUUUCCCACUGUUAACAGCCAUACUGGCUUCCUCCCACACAAGACCAACCUUGCUCUGGGCAGUCUUCCCCCUGCUCACCAGAGAAGGCACAGAGUGCUGCACAAGGUCUGCUGCAUGAUGGUUGUAAUAGCAACAAUUCUGCUCCCAAACAAACAACUUUUCCAUCAGAGCAGAGGAAACAUUUUCCCCAUAUAAUUUACUGUCACUGGUCACCAUUAUUUCCCUCCAAAAUUAGAUUUGAGGCACAGAAGAACAAAUAUUGUUUCAGGCCUCAGAGGAUUCCCAAAUCUGAACAAGUCAAAUUACUGUCAUCCUUCUGAGGACACAGCAGUGCUCGAAAUCUUGGUGCCAGAAACAGUAAGGAAUGCCCGGGAGUGUUUUCCAGCCCAUGUUUUACAUCAUUCUUUACUACGCAGCUGUCUGUUUCUGUAUGUCCAUCAGCACAGAGGCAGAUGGACAUAAAUAAAACGCUACUUUAUUCAGUAAGGAUUUGAAACUAGAGAGCAGUACACCUGACAAUCUAAAACACUGACAAAAAAAACCUUCAUGCUAUGAUAGUAGGCAUUAUGUAGGUCUAGGACAAGUUAUACACAAGUGAAUUGAAGUAGAAUAAUAUCCCAUAAGCAUAAUGAGAUUUCAGACUCCAGAGGUACGGUUCCAUCUAAAUAUAACCCAGUACUUCUGCAUACAUGCCUGAAUGGAAACAAAAAUAAGAGAGAAAAGGAAAUGAGUAAAUGACUGAUGAAGGAAGAAAGAGGGUAGCAAGGCAGGGAGAAAUCAGUGCCGAGAAGAUAUUCAGAUUGAAAAAGAUCACCAAGACAUUCUGUCGCAACAGCAGACUAAUGAAGCAUUGGCCAAGAGCACAAGAAACCAAGAACUAACUUGAAAAAUGCUGCUAAAAGCUGCCAGAGCCAUAUUCCCGACCCAUACUGUACUAUAAAAACAUCAGUGCCCCACAGGCCUAAAAGGGAGCCACAUCUACCAGAUGAAGAUUGAUUAAAUUUAAAGAAAACGAAAGAAAAGGAGCUGGGGUAAAAGGCUAAUCCUUCAGCAGCACUCUUAGCAAAGCAAUAGCUGGCUGAUAUUUGCGCAAGUUUGAAUAAACAACUGAAGAUAUAAAUCCUUCAGUCUUCCUCAUUUCUUCUCUCCCCCCUUUACCAGCUAUUCAUUUUUUCAACAUUUGUCUCUUCCAUCUUCCUUGUGUUUUAGAAUGAAAUUUUGUUUUCCUUAGUGCUUUGACUAGAAAAAAAUUAUGAUCUUCUUUCCCCUCUAGCACGGUAAUGACAGCCGAAAUUGUAAUAGUUCUUCAAAAAGAAGUCAAAACAAUGUCUGUCAACUACACGUCUACUUUAUGUACAGUCUGUGCUCAAGGAGAUGGCUCAAGCAUCAGCAUACAUUUGUGGUAUACUUCAAGCACUUCAAUGUGGCUACCAAAGUUAAGAUCAAGCACUUUAAUUACAGGAACCAACAAGGGUAAAAAAAAAAAAAAAAAAAAUCUAACAAAAAAAAACUUAUUUUUAAAAGAAAAAAAUGCUGAGCACAACAGGCACGUGCCAAAAAAAAGUUAUAAUUCUGUACCAUAACUGCCUAAUGUACUGUAGGAAUCAAUCGGCAGACACUUAGUUCCCAAUACUUAGAGUCCUGAACACCGAUAAUGAAGAAUCUGACACAGACCUUUGAACUUUCUAAACUUGGUUUAAAACAAGCAUCCUCCCCACUUGGACAAGCUCCUCACACAUCAGCAUUUAGCAGGGCUUAACCAGAAAAUGCAAAACUCUGUUUCUGAGAUGAGAUUUUAAAACACUAGCAGAGGAUUUCAUUGCACAAACAGGAACACAGAGGCAGUACCCCUGACUUUUAGUCUAGUGUAGGUGCUCAGAGAAUAACUUUAAACCACCAUUUAACUUUCAAAAAAAAAAAAAAAAACACACCCAAAACCCACACAUAUCAGAAGCACAACCUGCAUAAGUUUGUAACCAAAGGACCAAAGGCAGCCAUCCCAGCUAGAUUUCCCAAGGAAGAACAAUGAUCGCAUUGCACAAGUUUUAUACUUUCUGUACAUGUAGGUAGGAAGUUAUUUGAAAUUAUUUGAAACACUCAAGAAACACAGUGACACAAGUCACACUUCCGACUGUAUACAAUCCAAACUAAUCUGAAUGUUGUUGCAUAAACAAAGAAAUAAUAUUAAUUUUUGACAUUGGUUUUUAUGCCUCCUCUUAAUCAGAAGGUUGAGAAAAAUUAUUCAUUUCACAGACAUUUGACAGCAUUUUCUGAAACUAUUUAAACCCUGGCUAACAAAGUUUAUUAGAGCAAAGCAGAUAUAGAUUAAUGGGUGCCUCUGUUGAAAUAGUCACAGUUCCUCACUGAUAUAGAGCAAUUCUUCUAAAAAAUUGUAACUGGCUGUAUCGCAGAUAUUACCUGAAUGACCUCAGAGACUUCCAUUAGCCAUCUUUAUUCUCAAAAAUUCUAUACGGCACAAAGAGGAAGUACAGAAGAAGAUCAGAAACAAAUUCUGCCUUCAAGGCUUUCCAAAUGAUUUCUCUUCCCCCAGGUACUGUACAAGUUAUUUCAGUAUCCCUAAAAAAUAUGGGUGAACCAAGCCAGCAAACUAUCAGGGUGCUCACACUGCUCCAGUCCCUAUGAGUAGGGUAUGGGAGACCUAGGUGCUGCCAGCUCUGCACAGACUCCCCUUUGCUCUUCCACUUCCUGCAGUAACCUGAUAGAGGAUAGGCUGGAGCAGGAAAUAACAACCCUUGCUACAUCUUCAUUACCAAAUUCAUUUUGGAAAAGUCCAAGGUUGUUCAAAGCUUUGCCUCACGUUAACCCGAGCUGAGAUUUUUCAAGCAGCAAAACUAAACUUAAGAUCCUGAAACUAUUGGUUCCUAAUUAAAUGAUUCAGUUUUUAAAAGCAAUGAAACAGCAGCUUACUCUCAAGCCCACGGCAGCCUUCAAGUCACAUUGAAAUUAGUGCAUAGGAGGUGCCAAAACACUCACUGUUCCCAAAAGAGCUUUUAAGUAGAACAAAAAUGCAGCACAAAUACUGUGUUGAUUAAAAAAAAAAAAAAAAAA